AUUUUGUUCAACUUAGUUCGAUUUUUUUUCUUGUUUGGUUGAUAAUGGGAUGUAAUAGACAUCAUUGAUCAUUCCCCUUCAAAUACCAUACUCCUACCAUAAAUAGCAAACAUAGUGGCCUUAUAACACAGACCACAAACACUCUCCAUUCCAUCAUCACAAUGGCUCCCUUCCUAACUUCCACUCUCUAUUCCCUCUCCCUAACCCUAAUUUUAGCUGCCUCAGCCACCGCUAACCUCCCUUUCUCCGACCACUUCGUAGAAACAAAACCAUCAACAACCACCAGAAAAAUGACACGCCUUCAUUUCUACUUCCAUGACAUUGUGAGUGGCAAGAACCCAACUGCUAUCAAAAUAAUCGGGCCAAAAAGUUUGUUUGGAACAACUGUAGUCAUCGAUGACCCUUUGACUAUAGACACCAAGCCUGAUUCGUUGGUGGUGGGAAGAGCUCAAGGACUCUAUGCUAUGGCUUCUCAACAUGACUCGGGUUUACUCAUGACUAUUAAUUUUGUUUUUACUUAUGGAAAGUACAAUGGAAGUGCGCUUAGUGUUAUGGGUCGAAACCGUGUGUUUGAUGUGGUGAGGGAAAUGCCGGUUGUUGGAGGAAGUGGAGUCUUUAGAUUUGCUCGUGGCUAUGCACUUGCGAGCACUGUGAGGUAUAAUUUGAAAACUGGAAACGCCGUGGUCGAGUAUAAUGUCACUGUGAUGCAUGAUUGAAAAAGUUAAACUCUUUUGUCCUUACAUAUUGUCUUAAUAGAGGUUAAGUAUGUGAGAAUUGAUAAAUGAGGUCUAGGUUUCCAAACAUGAAUAUCACAUCCAUAUAACCAUAACCACAACACUAUGAUUUGUGCCCUUCAUGUUAGUUGUGGGUCUCAUCUUGUAUUGUGAUAUCUAAGUUAAAGUUCACCAUUUGAUGCA